GAUCGCUUCUUUUUUAAGUUCUAUUUCCGGUUUACGCGGACUUCCUGCGUCGGUCCAGGCCUUCAGGCUCCGCGUCCCGCUCCUGUCAGCGUUAGAACCGCUAAAUGUUUGGAUGUUUGUCAUAAACUCGUAAACAUGGAGUUCUCCUCGAUGCUUUGGAUCAUUUUCAUCCCUUUGGUGGAACCAUCAGACGCUUUUCAGUUUGACUGUUCUCCAUCGACGGUCCAAACAGAACCGGGAGCUUUUGAACUAAAAUGUUCUCCACUGACGGUCCAAAAAGAACCGGGUCAGGACAUGGAUCUGUCCUGUGCAGUAAAACCUUCAUUAAACAUAAAGGCUGAUUCCCUGGAAUGCAAACGUGACGAUGAUAUCGUACAUGUAUAUCGGAGCCGCUGGGACGACCCGUCCUCUCAGCACCAGAAGUUCAAAAACAGAACCGUCCUGGACCGCCAGAACCUGGAGGAUGGAAGCUUUUCUCUCACUCUGAAGAACGUCACCAAAGAGGAUGAAGGAAACUACAGCUGCUGCUUCCCAAUGAGAGGAAUCGUGUCAUCAGCCAUCAGCCUGACAGUCGUUUCACAGACGAACAAGGAAACAAACAAAGAUCCAGGAUCUGGUCUGAGCUCUGGUCUCAUCGCUCUCAUCGCUCUCAUUGGUCUUGGUCUUGGAGUUGGUUUAUUGAUCCUCGCUUGGAAAAACAGAGCUGCUCUCUCCAGAUCUCCUCCUUGUAUUCUGAGGAGGAAUCCAGCUGUGCUGUGAGGCUGUGGAGAAAUGGUGCUAACCGCUACACCACUACGUCAGCUCUCUCAGACCAGAACCCUGCUCCUUACGAUGUCUCUAGGUCGUCCUGAACUUGUGUGUAAUGGUUCUGCAAAAGACUACAACUGUAAACUGGAACUACUUCCUGGUUGAAGCCGUUGGAAAACUUUGACUUUGUAACGUUCACGAUCUGUGUAAAGUGAAUCAACUUCCAUUAUCCUCACCAAUACUUCAGGAUACACGACAAUGGUACGUUCCAUUUUCACGAUGUCCCCUGAGGUGACAUCAUGACCCUCAAAGGACCUGUAAGACACACUCCUCUUGGACCGGACCACCCUAGAACCUGUGCAGGUGAACUAAGGCUUAAGUCACUGAAAGGUGUGAUUACCUGAGAACUCUCAGUUUAAGCUGCUGGAUUGUUGGAUGGUGACACAACUGUGUGUGUUUGCUGCUAGGAAGUGGAACAACAGGAGGAGGUCCAGAUGAAGAUGAGAGUGUUGAUGCUGGAGGGUUCUGAACGGGGUUCUGUGGUUUGGUUCAGGGUCCGCAUUCAACCCGUCUGAUCUCAAGUGGGCCGGACCAGGAACAUAGGAAAAUAGCCUCAAGUCAACUUGUUAUCUGUAGCCUCAGCUGACCUAGUAUCCUUCUACUCACUAUUUAUUGCUAUUAUCAGAGCUAGCAUUACUUUUGGUGAUCGUGUGUCCCACCUGAUCAUUUUAUAGCAACAGCAGUGAGUCUGGCAUUAAACAGAACUGCAUUAUACCCAGAUGAGGCGCACACUUCCAAAGAAAUGCAGAUUUUUCUCUUUAACUAUCCUGGGAUUUCUUCCCUUUGCUUCCCUCUAGUGGUGGAAUUGUGCAUUGCAGCAAUGUCUUCAAAUAACCAUAACCGUCCACAGGAAUGGGUUAGAAACUUGCUUUUUUCCCCAACAUCCUUAUAAUUUUUUCUCUUUGUGACUGGACAGAUUAAACCAUCACCAACAAACUUUUUAACAGUUCUUUUGUCUCUCAGACACAUUGGGAAUUUUCUCUUGAAAAUCUACCAACUCAGACUACGGUCACAUAUCCCAAAAUGCCACAGCGCCGUGACACAAAUGCGAGUUUUGUCAUUGGAAGGCGGCAGUUGUACUUUUACACGCCACAUGGAGGUUUUCAGAAAAGUUAUAAUUUUAUGGUGACCACAUUGUUUUUCUUUCUCGUCUUGAGGUCACGCGGUGACAGUCCGGUGUCAGUGCCAUUUAAAAAUGGGGGAUUUCAGCUGGACUCGCCAGCCAGGUGCAGCUCUGAUUGGACGAUGGUAAAUGACUUUAGGUGGCGGCCGUUCAGAUCAAGUGAUACCGACCAUUUGGUAUCUGGGGGGUGUGGUCAUUCUGUAGUACUACCUGAGUCUACAUUCAUGACCACACCAACAUCAGGCGGCGGUUUGAUAUCGUACAAGUUCAGUUGAUGCCUCAUCAGUAUUUGUGACCGAAGCCUUAAAGAUUCAUGAGAGAGUGAACACGCUGCUUUAUGUUUGUCCUAAACUCCAGAGCGUACCGAUACAUUUAUCAAUACUAACUAAUGAUCAAUAAUGAGUCUCAAUAAUCACUGAUGUAAUAAGAAACUUUCUGCUGUGAUGUCAUCAUGAACUGUGACCUCUGAGGAUGUUUAACGUCGACCACGGUGCUGUUUCUGUUUUCUUCUCUAUAUUUUGUUUAUUGUUGUAUUUAGUUCAGAAAACUGGAGAUCUGUGAGAACAUUUCAUUAAAAAAGUUGUC